AAUUAUUUUGUAGAAAAAGCAUUUAAAAGCAUACCUAGUUCUUGACUUCUCUGGGACUCUGAGCAGAGCCAAAAGCCGAAAUACAGAAGCAGAAAGGAAAAAUAAUGAAAAAAGGGAACUCCAAAGCCAUGGGGAAUGCCUCCAUCAUUUGGGUUUGCCUUGGAUUCAAAGCAAUGAUUAGAUAAUUCGUCAAACCCCUUGUUGGAUUGGCGUCGAAUCGCAUCACCCGCAACAGCCAACCAUCUCUCUCUGUUUCUUUCUUCCCGAUCAGCCAUCAAUCAUCAAUCGUCAAUGGCGGCAGCAGGGGCCGUUGCCGGCGGCGGAGCUGCACAACAGGAGGCGUGGAAGGCACACGCUGCCAUGGCGCUGGUGCAGCUUUUCAAUGGCGGAUAUCAUGUCAUCACCAAAGUAGCUCUUAAUGUCGGUGUCAAUCAGCUGGUCUUCUGCGUCUUUCGCGAUCUCCUUGCCCUUUCAAUUCUUGCUCCGGUCGCCUAUGUCCGCGAAAAAAGGGUUCGCCUUCCCAUCAACAGACGGUUCCUCAUGUCAUUCUUCUUUCUUGGGUUAACUGGGAUAUUUGGCAACCAGCUUUUGUUUCUCAUUGGUCUUAGCUACACCAAUCCAACUUAUGCUGCUGCCAUUCAGCCUUCUAUCCCAGUCUUUACGUUUCUCUUGGCUGCAGUAAUGGGCACAGAACCAGUGAAUUUGCUUAGAACUGAAGGUCAGGUGAAGGUUGGAGGUACGGCUGUAUGUGUUUCCGGUGCUGUACUAAUGGUUCUGUUCCGGGGCCCAGCGUUGAUUGGAUCUAAGGAAUCAGAGUUCCUUGCAAAUGAAAUAAGUGCCAAGGGUCAACCAGAGCCUGCUGGAUGGUUAAUGUCAAGUUUUCUGGAGUUUGGACUUGAGCAUUGGCACCUUGGUGUAUUAUGCUUGAUAGGGAACUGUAUGUGCAUGGCAACUUACCUAGCCAUUCAGGCUCCACUUUUAACGAGGUAUCCAGCCAGCCUAUCAGUGACUGCAUAUUCAUACUUUUUUGGUGCUAUUUUUAUGGUAACAACAGCAUUCUUUAUGACCAGUGAGUCCACAGACUGGAGUUUGUCACAGUCAGAGCUUUUUGCGGUCUUCUAUGCUGGAAUUGUUGCAUCUGCCCUUAAUUAUGGGCUGCUGACAUGGUCUAAUAAGAUAUUGGGGCCUGCUUUGGUUGCUCUAUAUAAUCCACUUCAACCUGCGGCAUCUGCAUUCCUCUCAAGAAUUUUCCUUGGAAGCCCUAUUUAUUUGGGAAGCAUUUUGGGAGGAGCUCUAAUUAUCGCAGGACUUUACAUGGUGACUUGGGCAUCCUAUAGAGAAAGACGAUCUGUCAUGGGGAUUAUCCCUCAUGUAACUCGGGACUCCGAACCGCCCAUUCACAGAGACGCACCCCUCAACAAGAUUUCAUAGCAGAGGAAACAUUUUUUCAGGACCCUCAGCCUUAUUUGCCCAAGGUCCUGGAUUGAACAACACAGUGAAACCUAAUAGAAUUAUUUUAUGUUGUCUAGUUGGUAGUGAAUUUUGUCAACAUGGCACCAUGUAUAAUGACCUCUCUUCUCUCUCUCUCUCUCUCUUUCUCGGUGCUGUAAAAUUCUGGAAAUUGAGAAAAAAGAUUGCAUUAUAGUUGCUGUA